GUUAUUUUUGACCACAGUGAUGAAGCUCACUCGAUCUGCUGAGCCUUCGAUGUCAGCCCACGGAUGUGUCCUCAAAAACGACGGAUAGUCUUGUUUUAACCUGAUGUCGGUGCAAAGUAGAUUGGAGAAUGUGAACGAAGGGAAUGUGUUCGUUUGCUUUUGUCUAUUCUGGUGGAUCAUGCUUCUUGGUGCGCACGCGGAUGGCAUUCUAAUUCUUCCUUAUUGGGCUCUCUUUACACCGCUCUGGGUGUGGAAACUUACUGUGAUUUUUGGUUGCACAAUUGGUCUCGCAGUUUGGCUCCGGCAGCGAACUUUCACUACACGCAUUGGGUCUCUGUACGAUUACAAUGAUCCUGUCUUUCCUCACAUCCAAGCCAUGUGUGUUACCACAUUCUUCAUCCUACUCCUCUGCUGUUCCGAAAUCCUUUUAUGUUUGCAUUUGUGUGUGCCCUCGUUGCAACUUGCCUAUUUGACUAUUUUGACUCCUGUGCUUCUCGUUGGUCUGCUAGGCACGUUCGGGUUCUUUUUUCUGAUGAUUGACUCACGAUCCAUGUUUUUUUGGGCCAAUCGGCGUCGUGCGCGGACACUUCCUCAGUCCAGAUUGGCUUUUGGACCGGAGAAUCCUCUCGAAUACAACACAGCCUUUACUCACCCGCAUCGCGCUUGUUCUUUCACACUGGGACUGUUUAUUGCAGUAAAUCUGCUACAGUUGUUCUUUCUCAUUUCCCGUCUGGACAAUUGGAUUAGAUCCAGCUGGGUGGUAACCUUCAUUCCCACUUUUGUUCUUCUCGGUUUGGGUUUCAUCUUCUGUGCCAUCGGUUUGAUUGUCGCACUUAUGCGCUAUUUUACCGCCUACUUUAUUCCAUUAGAUCAGCGCAGACUACCCGUUUACUACUACGCAGCACAUAUCUUUAUCGACCUACUAUUAUUCACUGCUGUGGUGUUUUUGGUGCUCCGACUCGAUCGCUAUCUACCUCCAUCUCAGGUCAGCUAUUCGCUUAUUUGCACGCCUGUGCUCGUGAGUCUGAUCAUUUAUGCAGCAAACUCACUGUGCCACGGACCAGGCAAUCCUUGCUGGUUUGGUGUCAAUCGUAACAUACUUCUCGCUCUGUUCGAAACUUGUCCCGCUCUGCAGCUAUGCGCCAACACUUCAGUCAGCCCUACCGGCCUGUGGAAGUCAACAGCAAACGCCGUCCACACUGACAACAACCCGACGGGAGGCGAUUCUGAUGCUUCCCAUCACGCAGAGGAAGAGUCGACUUCGGAAUUCCAUUCCCAUGUGGACACAGACGUAUGCUCUGUACCCUUUGUGGGGUCAGAUUAUCACCUGUACAACAACGAAUGUCCGCCUACUGUGUACGUUCCUCCAGAAGACCCACCGAAGCCGUCCAAAGCGAUAGCAACAUAUGCGGAAGCGUUGCCUGAGGAUGAUGCGACCGCAGCCCAAUGUAAAGGCGUUUGCGAGGAUUGGAACCAGCCACUUUUGUUCACUGGACCUGUUGUUGGAAGUUUGAGUCCACGGGCAGUUCCUGGCAGCCUGCGUUCCCCAGACUGAUUGUUCAACCAAUUGAUGUGUACUCUGGCUGUGUUCGCUACAGGCAAUCUAUUUUUCAUCUGUGUUCCUUUUCCCCUCAUUUUCCAUUUGUGUCCUCAUCACCGCCAUUAUCAUCGUCGAGCUGUGCACGCGUGUGUGACGAAUUACGCUAGUCAAGUCGCUGGACGGGUUGGCACAUGCAUCCAGGAUGCUCUACCACCACCACCACCACCCAGCACAAUCCCCAAGCGCCAUUCCCUUAAUAUGCACCACCGACCUUUCCGCCUUCUAUCCCAGAGUGUUCACCUAGUUUCUUUCCUCUUUUCAAACCCGAGCCGUUAUUGCAUUCACGGAUGCUUUGUCUACAACUCUCAUCACACGGACAAUGCAUCGCAAUCUGUGUUCAUUCUUUCCCCAUUUGUUUGUUCUUCAGUGCGUUGUGUUGACCGUUAAUAUUUCCUUGUGUCACCCUCAUGUUCACAUACACAUCGGUUUGUCACUCGAAUUGUCUAUUUUUCGAUUUAAUGAUGAGUGGCAUUCACGUGUUUAUUUUCUUACCCUGUCCUCUAUCGAUUUCCUGAUUGUUCCACCUGUUUGUAUGUGUGCGCACAUACCAUCCAGUUGUAUCUCACGUUUAGAUUUAUCCAUAGAAAUGUGCUUCUUGUAUUCCGCGUCAAUAAAACCCCAGAAUUUGGC